GCUGCUGGGGGGGCUGGGGGUGACGCUGGGGCUGCUGGCCCUGGAGCUCGGGGGCUUCUUCUCGGGGCUCUCCAUGUUCCACCGGCCCCAGGCCCUCGCCCUGCCGGCCCUCACCGAGCUCCUCAUCAUGGGCAUCGUGUUGGGGUGCAAGAGGAAAGCGCUGUGA